UCUGGCCAGAGCGCUCGAGCCUCCGCGUCUCCCAGCAACGGCGCUCCUCGCUUCUCCCUCCGAUUCCAGCCUCUAACUUCUCUAAUUUCCAGUUUACGCGUAUUUAAACUCCGCUUUCUGGAAUUAAACCCGAGUUUGUUCCGUUUUAUUUCCUCCGCGUUGCCUUCAUAUUCGUGCCGUUAGUAUGUCCGCUGAAGACGCAGCAGCAGCAGCCCAGCAGCCGCUGGCUGAGGAGCGGGCGGAGGUGGAGCCGCAGGCCGCGGAUCAGGCACCCGAACCCGCCCAAGAGCAGAAGAGCGAGUCGGUGUCCGAGACGGCGCCGGAAGACAAGGCGCCGGAGGUGAAAGAGGAGGAAAAGAAGGAAGAAAAGGAGGAGGAUACGUUCACGUACCGCGCCCUGGUGCUAACGGGCUACGGCGGCUAUGACAAAGUGAAGCUCCAGCUGAAGAAAGGCCUCCCGAGCCCCGGGGAAGGGGAAGUGCGGGUUCGAGUGAAGGCCUGCGGGCUAAACUUCGCCGAGCUGCUCGGCAGGCAGGGCCUCUAUGAGCGGCUACCGUCUCCACCCGUCACCCCGGGGAUGGAGUGCUCGGGGGUGGUCGAGGCUGUGGGAGAGGGAGUGCAGGACCGGCAGGUUGGAGACAGUGUGUUGGUCCUGGGUAGGUGUGGCCUGUGGCAGGAAGUGGUCGUGGUCAAGGCUGACCACAGCUUCCUCAUGCCAGAUGGAAUGAGCUACGAGGAGGCCGCCGCUCUGCCCAUAAACUACAUCACUGCUUACAUGAUGCUGUUCGAAAUGGGCAACAUCAGACCCAAUAAAAGUGUCCUGAUUCAUAUGGCAGCAGGUGGUGUGGGUAUUGCUGCCACUCAGCUCUGUAAAACAAUCAGUGAUGUCACCGUGUUCGGCACGGCCUCAGCCAGUAAACACGAGGUGAUAAAACAGGGCGGAGUCACACACCCCAUCGACUACCGCACACGUGACUAUGCCGAGGAGAUCCGCAAGAUCAGCCCCAAAGGAUUGGACAUUGUACUGGACCCUCUGGGUGGCUCUGAUACCCAGAAGGCCUUUAACCUCCUAAAGCCCAUGGGAACACUCAUCGUGUAUGGUGCUGCUAACCGGUUGACGGGUCAGAGGAAGAACCUACUGGCCCUGGCAAAGUCCUGGUAUAACCAGUUCACCAUCAGCGCCCUCAGCCUCAUGCACUCCAACAAGGCCGUGUGCGGUUUCCACCUCGGUUACCUAGACGACGAGUUCCCCCUGAUUGCCCGCGUGCUGCAGACGCUGCUGGAGCUCUACAAACAGGGCAAGAUCAAACCGCGCAUAGACUCCACCUACCACUUCGAGCAGGUGGCGGAUGCAAUGCGGCGAAUGCAGGAGAGGAACAACAUCGGCAAAGUGAUCCUUCUCCCCGAACCAAAGAAGGAAGAGCCCAAAGCAGAAGAGGACAAAAAGGAGAGCGCCAGUGAGGACAAGAAAGAGGGAGAACAGAAAAACGACAUCCAGAAGGAAGAGCCCCAAGAGGAGGCGAAGGCAGAGGAGCCGAAGACAGGAGAAAGUUAAGCCGCCCGAUACUGUGAUGUAUUCUCAUAACGGAAGUCUCUUCUUCAGAUGGGAGGGGCUUAUAACCGAAAAGCAGGGUUUGACUUUCAUAGGGUUGGGUUGGGGUUGCAAUGAUAAACAAAUCAAUCACAAAGACCGUAGGGCGGUUCCUUAAGAGAAAUUGUUGAGAACUUUUGAUUUACGUUAAGUGACCAUUCCCAAUUCACUAUAUAGACACCAUGAAAUGCACUAGACCAACUAACGGAAUAAGCACAAGGGGAAAUGUUGAGAAACAAUGAUACUCAGAAGCAUAAUCUCAAAUUUACAACAGUGCUGAUACAUGUAACUUACACCUCUUGUCGCACAACCCCCACCUUUAACCCUGAUUCAAGUCUGAGAAAAGAAAAAAAGAGAAAUUUUGUUGUCCUUCAUUGCAAAAUAUGGAGUCUGUGCCAAAUAGCAAGUGCUUUUUGAGCUAGCCAGCUAGUUUUAAGGCACAUGCUAAGACCAAUAUUGUUUAUCUAAGUAGCAGAGUUAGCUUUUAUCAGAUCCUCACUGGGUUCAAUGUUAUAUGUUCAAGUUAGCAACCUGGUGGAAUUACGUUAGAACAUUGUGUGAAAUUUAGCUUAUUUCACAUGCCAUUCGGUUUCUUGGAGUGUUUCCUGGAGCAUUUGUGCUUCUUAUGGAUAUGCUAGUGGUCCACAGUGCAUACAAUGAUCUGCUUUAGGCUAACUAACUUGCAUGGUUUCAGCAAUUCCUGCGUACUAUCUUCAGUGCCACCUACACUAUGCUAUGAUUCUUAAGACUCACAAAUCUAGUAGAGGUAAAUUUGUGUAAAUCAAUUUGUACAUUUUUGUUAAAUUAGAUCUAAUGAAACUGAACAAAGUAUCCAGUUAGUAUUUGAAAUGGAUGGAACCCAAAACUGGAUUUGCCGUGAGAAGCUUACAAACUCCUCCACAGUGUCCCGUAAAGCUUUAGCAUUAGCUAGAAAACUGAUGUUAACCUAGCUAGUUAAUAGUAACCUUAACUAGCUAGGUUAACGUCUGUUUUCUAGUGAAUUCAGCGGCUAAAGCUUUAGCAUUAGCUAGAAAACAGAUGUCAACUUAGCUAGUUAAUAGUAACCUUAACCUAACUAGGUUGAGAUGUAUUUUCUUUAGACUUUGCAUUGGCUAGAAAACAGAUGUUAACCUAGCUAGUUACGGUAACCUUAACUGAUAGUCUGUAGUGCUAAAUAAAAGAAACCUGUCAUUAGGGCGGCCACAAUGGAGACUCUGCACCAAAAUCUUUUUGAAGAAUUGAGACACGUACAGUGUAACUAACACUGAUCUACAGCUAACAUUGGAAGAAACCAGCAAAGUCAGUCAUUUAGUGCGCUGUGAGGGCCAAUCCUCCAGGAGAGCACCCAAGGCUACCGCAGGUCAUGUGCAAAAAGCUCAAGCCUCUCGUCUUCUCACUUCCACUAUGCACCUGUUGCACACCGUUUCUCAGGUGACAUACGUCUGCCUUCGCGGGGCGUUCUUGAUAAAACAGGACUGAUUUAGCGCCUGUUAGCCCUGCACCUUACACAUGGCACAAGCCCCCUUGUUUACUAGAAUCCCUGCCCAACAGCCUAAAUUUUGAGAUUUUUUUUUCAAUUAGCAAAUACAGAAAGAAGUAAGAUAGUAGUACUACUCAGUUACUGAUUGAAGUCAUUGAAACAGUUUACCUCUAAUCGAGUCAAUCAAGUGCCAAUGUGCCGUAUAGCCGCACAAACCCAGGCCUUUGCACCCCUGCCUUAGCUCUGGCCCCGUCUGUAUUGCACAUUCUUUGGUCAAGACAACCUGUGAAAAUGGCCCAAAUAUAGAGUGAAGAGGCCAAAUCACUGUUUAAAAAACCGGAAUAGAUAGUAAUGGUAGGUUUUUGGUGAUGUGAUUAGCAUUUAGCGUGGCGAUUCCUUAUUGGCUGGGGACAGGAGGAGCGGCGCGACUGAGAGUUUGUAUUCGUGAGUGAAUGUAUUCGUGUCUCCGUGGGCCGUAUCAGUCGUGUACACCUGUAUCUCAGAGGGUUCAGGGUUUAAGGGACAUUGUGAAGUAUAUUCCUGGAAAAUGGUGUGACGGUAUGCUGAAGUGUUUUCGUCUCUUUUUUCGUUUCUUCUGUGGUUCGAUUAUCGUGCUAUGCCUGACUACAGCGUGCCAAACUGUCCGCCAACUACUAUGCCUUGAUGCGAAACUCGUGUGUUAUGGAAGUGUUGUACAAGGUUGCCUUCACUUCCUCAGUGGGCUCGAGGGGCUCUGAAAAACCAAGCAUCUCCAGACCAUGAACUGUAAAACCUGUCGGCACAACGUGUAAAUAGCUUCUACAAGCAGUCGCUGCACUAUUUUUUAACUCUUCAGAUUCGCUCUAACAUAUCCUGUUAGUCAGAAAGACAGCGGUCCCGGGCUUUUACUGCUUUUACUGCACACAUGUGCUUCGAUUCAUUUUCCAACAUGAUCUUCCAGCUCCCGAGAUUAUAGCACCAAAUCUGACGCAGAGGUGGGCGAUAUGGCAAAAAUAGAACACACUUGAAGACAGUUUUAUGAUACACAUAGUUGUUUUUUCUGAGGCUUCUUAUGUUGAAACAGACAAAAAUUAGUUUAGUGCCACUUUUGAACUAUCGAGAACUAUAAAUUCAAUGUUUCAUACACUGAACUGCACUAAAUCCAAUUAAACAGGGCUAAUUAUGUGUUCUUUGUAAUGAGACAUGCAAUUGGUCAGUUCUGCGCAAAUAAGACCACCCUUUAAUUAUUUCGUUCCCAGUCAGAACAGCCAGUAAGUACAAGUUAUUCAUUUUUCAGCAUCAGGAAAAAAGCAGAAGCCUCAACAGCGAAAUAUAAUAUCAGAUUUUUCAGUAUUUCGCAUCAAUCUUUUCCCUUUAUUACAGCUUCCAUUCUUUUCCGAGACUUGCUUUCAGUUUUUACAGGGAUAUUUUUACACACCUCCAAGAAGUUGCUUCUCACGAUACAAGUGAUCUGAAGAACAUUCAUUUUCCCCUCUCUCUCAAACAUGAAAGCUUUAGUGCUGUUUAUCUGAUGGGGACAGUUUUGGUCAUCCAGGUCUUGUAUGGUUGUCAGAAAUCCCGUUUUCUCUGUAUCUUUCCAUCUUUUUUUUAUAUUAUAUUUCGCUGCUGUCCUCGUAUCUCCACUUUUGUCGUUUUUCAGUUUUUGACACAGUUUGAAAAUGUCUUUACAUUGUGUGUAAAUUUGAUGAUGAAUGGACCAAAGGAAACGAACCAAAAUGACUUGGAAAGAAGUCUGGUUCCAUUGACUUACAUGUAAAAGUAAAGUAUGUUUUUUUCCUUCUCCUGUAAAGUUACCAUUUUGGAGAUACAAGGUUUUGUUCCGAGAGCAGCGAUUUUAGUGUUUUGUAUCAGUUUAUACAUAUUAUAUUUAGUUGUUGAGGCUGAGGAAAUUAUGUUAAAUUUACAUUUUCUGUUUUUUCCUUGCGCUGAAAAAUGAAAACUUGUUUACUGGCUAUUUUCACUGGAAACUGAAUUAAAGAAAAGGAAGUUCUUUUGCAUCUUACUGUAUAUUCCACAGUACAUCAUCCAUACUGAUGUAAUUCAAAAAUAUCGCCAUAUCACCCACCCCUACUUCUACAGCAUAUUCCUGACAACUUUCACUGUGGAUUUGUAGGUCCAUUGGCUGUAGAACUCUUGCUUAAAAUGGUGCAAAACAGAACGCAAAUUUACUAUUUUUUUUUCUUUUCAGAAUAAUUUAAUGUAACCGGUUCCAUUCUGCAUAUUUGUCUCUGAGCUUGUGUCUGUGUUUUUUUUUUCUUUCUUUUGCAAAGCCAGGAAAUCUUUAUCAUACACACACACACACACACACACAGACAAUAAAGUGUUCCAGCCAGGAAACUUGAAUCCCACACAGCAGAAACACAUCACAGCAACAAAUAAAUGAGCCUUCGGUUAAGUCAAGGUCACCCUUCUGCUAUUAGGUCACACUUUCCUGUUUUCCACCCUCUGAUCGCUGCACGAGUUGGGAGUAGAAAGCAGAGCAUUUGGCUCAGGCCUGAGUCCCUACAGCCCUCGGCUUAAUCUGCAUUAUAGACUAAAAACGAUGUAACUCAAUCACAGCGUGAUAAAUGAGGCACUCUCACAUUUGAGCCCAUUUAAAAAAGCUCAGAGGAAAAAGUAAUGCAUUGAAUUAACUUGACUGAGUCGAGUAAAAUGUGUUACAUCAACACAGUCAUGAAGACAACACUGUGUUGAUGUAGUAUAUUUCAUGCAUGUGGAAACCACACGUGAAUCAAGUCAGUUCAACACAUUAUUGUUUUCAGUGCACUGAUAGAGGAGCUUCCUCUAAACGGUUAACUCAGAGUCGGAGGAAGCAGAUGUUUUUUGCAGCUGUGGCAGAAACUUAAUGCCGUGGCACCGUUCAGAGGAAACUAAAGGUCCUAAUCCCGGCUGACGCUAACCUCACACAUUCCUCUUUUCUGCCUCAGUAGACUCACAGUCCGACUUCAUCCCCCCUGCCUUCUCUUCCUUCAUUUCAUACAUCAACUUAAACGCCUAAACGAGACAUUUUGAGUCAGGACCCCAGAUCAGACCGCACCCAAAUCGCACACA